CCCCAGCAGCCAAGAAUGGUAAAACAGAUCAAGAGCAAGGUUGCUUUUCAGGAAGCCUUGGACACCACAGGCAAUAAACUUGUAGUUGACUUCUCAGCCACAUGGUGUGGGCCUUGCAAAAUGAUCAAGUCUUUCUUUCAUUCCCUCUCUGGAAAGUAUUCCAACGUGGUAUUCCUUGAAGCAGAUGUGGAUGACUGUCAGGAUGUUGCUUUAGAGUGUGAAGUCAAAUGCAUGCCAACAUUCCAGUUUUUCAAGAAGGGACAAAAGGUGUGUGAAUUUUCUGGGGCCAAUAAGGAAAAGCUUGAAGCCACCAUUAAUGAAUUAGUCUAAUCACGUUUUC